AAACUGACAGCUGAAAACGACAACAUUAUCAAUCUGAAACCGGUGUAACUAUUAUAUGUUUACUGUUCACUAAAACCAGUAAACUUGAAUGAAUUUUCGACUUUCAUCGUAUUUUUAAUUCAUAAAAAGCUCAGAAACAAAAAUCAAAAAAUGGCGCAACGCUUGGGCAGUAAAGACAAAGUUAAGUCGCUCAUAACAGUCACAUCUUCAGGAAUAGCGUUAUGUAGCGGUAUAUUGCUUUAUCAAGGCAGUGACAAAUUUUUCGAUCAAGUGGCAAUGCCUCUUAGUCGUCUUCUGGAUCCCGAAGUCGCUCAUAAUUUUGCCGUGAAAGCUGCAAAAUGGGGUUUCGUUCCUGCUCAAAAAGGCAAAGAUCCUGUUUCCCUGCGCACCACGCUUUGGGGCUUAAAAUUCGACAAUCCUCUGGGAAUGGCUGCUGGUUUUGAUAAACAGGGCGAAGCGAUUCAAGGACUUCAUAAAGUGGGAUUUAGUUUCGUAGAAAUAGGCUCGGUCACGCCUAAACCACAAGCAGGAAAUCCGAAACCCAGAGUUUUUCGACUUCUUGAAGACACAGCCGUAAUAAAUCGAUACGGAUUCAAUAGUGAAGGACAUGAAGCCGUUUACCAUCGAGUAAAAGAGGCAAAGAAUGAUCCUAAUUUUUCCGGUAUCAUAGGAAUCAAUUUAGGAAAAAACAAAUUGUCCGAAGACGCGACUCAGGAUUACAUUGAAGGACUUCGCAGAUUUUCCGACUUGGCUGACUAUUUUGUCAUCAACGUUUCGAGCCCGAACACACCAGGCUUGAGGAAUCUUCAAAGCAAGAAAAACUUGGAAGAUUUGCUCACGAAAUUGAAUGACACGAGACAAAGUCUGGAGAAUCAGCCUCCUUUGCUUCUCAAAUUAGCUCCAGAUUUAUCGGAAAACGAGAGACAGAAUAUUGCUGAUGUGGUGAGACAAAGCAAAUCGAGAGUUGACGGUCUCGUAAUUUCCAAUACGACAGUCAGCAGAUCGGGUCUAAAAAGCGAAAAAAAAGACGAAGAUGGCGGUUUGAGUGGAAAGCCUUUGACCGAUUCUUCAACCCAAAUAAUUGCGGAUAUGUACCGAAGAACGAAAGGAAUUGUUCCGAUCAUUGGAGUCGGAGGAAUAUUUACCGGAAGUGACGCCUAUGACAAAAUUAAAGCUGGAGCCUCUUUGGUUCAGAUUUACACUUCUUUUAUUUUUCAUGGACCUCCAGUUGUGGCGAAAAUAAAAAAGGAACUUAAUGAUUUGGUUCUUAAAGACGGAUAUUCGUCCGUUUCUCAAGCUGUCGGCAAAAAUUCUAGUGUGAAAUAGAAUUUUUUAAGGGUUAUUGUAAAUAUUUUUGAGGGAAUAUUGUAUAUGAGUGUAUGUAGGAAGAACUUGUUUCAUGACGGAGAAUUUUUCAAACUUUGUUUGUUACUUGAUCAAAAUGAUGCAAUAUUACUGUUAAUUUUAAUAGCUUUUAUUCCAUUACAUGAAAUAAAUUUUGAUAAUAUUUGAUAAA